CGCGCCUUUUGCUCACGCUGAACGGCAGAAACAGCGAUAGCGGCUUAUUGACACGAGUAACGAAUUUUGAUGGAAUCGAUGAAUUCAAGGUGGAUAGUAGUAUCCUGUAUCCGGAAAUAUGUGAGUGAUGAUAGUCUUAAACCAUAUAUACUGGAGAAAAUCUAUAAAAGCAUUUGCGCAAACGUAUAGUCUGAUCUCUAAAUUUAAAAAGAGAUGGUUUGCGCACGAUUAUGGUGGAACGCAAUUGACCCAGACGAACAUCUUUGUGCAAGAAGGUACACAUAUACAAGAGGUUCCUGUAAUAGUCAGAAAGAUUACCAACAUCGAAGCUCUCUGUGGUAAUAGAAGCAAAGAAGAUAUGUCGGUAUCGAAUAAAAAUAAAAAGUCUGCAGUAAUUUAUAAAGAAAAUAUUCCUCGUUCCACAAAUACAAGCGUGAUGAAGACUGAGCCCUUGAAGCAUAGUAUUAAUAUAGAGACGAAUGAGGGUACAGCAAUACUUUUCUGCCCCGAUAUUGAGCGCCUUAGAAAUACAGACAUAGAACAGGUGUUAGACGCGAUAAAUUCGAAAAGUACGAAUAAAGGAAUGGAGGGCAAAAUGGCCGAUGAGAUAAACUGUCGCAUAGCGCUUCAAAGUUUAAAGAAAAUGAUAGAAUUGGAAAAUGGAUGGUAUCGAUAUCGAAAAACCCUGUCAAGUGGUCAAUCGUCCGCGGAAGUCAUUAAUAGGAACAUUAUUUUGCGACAACUUGUACGUCUGAUUGUCAAAAGUCGAGACAGUGAGAUGAUACUGCAAGGACUGAGAACUCUGAAGAGAGACAAAUUUAGUCCUUCGACGAACGUUUAUAAAGACUUGAUGUGCAACGAAAUUAUGAUCAGAGCUACAGACGGCGAACUUACCGUGUUGCAAUUAAUCAAAGCGGUGAAAAUUUUGGCUUCUUUUAAAGAUUUUAAAUACAGAAAUUGCGUCGACACGUUGUGGGUAGGUUUGACUUGUAGACAGCAGGAUAUUAAAUCGGAUGUACUAGUGCCGUUAUUCAGAUCGCUAAAAUAUUUUCAACAAAGUAAAGAUAUGAUACAGAUUAUCUUAGAGAAAAAACUUUCGGAGCAAUGGUUGAAGUUAUCCGGCACACAGAUGGCUAAUAUAUUGGACUGUCUUUACGGAAAGGAGUCCUCAAAGGGAUGCCUAUCAAGUGCUAGUAAGUGGGCAGGUGUGAGCAUGACUACUUCCACGGAAAAGGAUCUCAUCAAUUUUAUUAGCAGUUUACGCACGAAGAAAUAUAUCGAUGAAAACAUCGAGCAGGCGUUGGCGAGAUAUAUAACAACUAGAGGCACUGAGACGAGAGAUCCUAAUUUAAUCGCUUCCGUCAUGAAUUAUUGCAAAGAUUUAAAGGUCAGGAAUCCGUAUAUUCUUGCCGAAUGUGGAAAAUAUUUCAUAAAACAUGGAACGGAAAUUUCGCCUACUUUGUUAUCUUCGAUUCUUACGCCGUUUGGAUUAUUGAAUGUACAACCACCGGAUUCGACCGAAUUUUGGAAAAUGUUCGAUGAAGUGAUGACCGCGAGAUUCGCAGAUUUGAAACUGAACGAUGUUUUAGACAUUUUCCUCUCUUGCAUGUAUCUCGAAAGAUAUCCCAUCAAAUAUUUGGAUAGAGUUUUUAGUUCAUAUCUUGUAAACAGACUAGAAAUUCAAAAAGACGCGCCUAUUGUCAAUCACUUAAAAACCAAAUUAAAGCUAUUCGAUGCGAGCAUGUCAUUAGAAUGUAAAGAUUAUCAAGGCGGUCCGAUUAAUCUAGACAGAAGCGCGAAGUCCUUAGAUUUAGACGUUAGAAUCAGGGGUAUCAUUAAUAAAAUACACAAACCACUGGCGCAUUUAGUAGGCGGCGAACAAAAAUUGAGCAGGAGCGUGGUUUUAAGCAGAUUGCCCCUCAUAAACUUCUACAUUUUAGAUAUUUUGAUACAUCCGCUCUUAAAAUCAACGCCAGUUUUCAACUUGAAUUCGAACAAAAAGAGAAACGUCAAUACCGCAAUUCUAAUUCAUUUGCCCGAGUAUUAUUGCUGGAACACGCAGUUUUUAACAGGACCGCAGAUAAUGAGAAAACGGCAAAUUCGAAAAUUGGGCUUUCGGGUUACAUGCUUGGAUUAUGCAAAACUGGCAACAUUUGCAGAUCACGACGAUAAAUUGUUAUCUUACUUGUCGCAAAGCCUAGACGCUGCUGAAGAUGCUUUAUAAUGUCAUAUUUUGUGCCUGAUAUGAGGAUUUAUACAAAUUUGCGGUUGAAAUUGCACAAUUAAACACAUUAUAAUUACGUCUCUUUUUCGAUUUAAGAAUUAUAGUAAGAAAUGGCAUUGAAAAAAACGCAUUGUACUCUAAACUGAAUAAAUGUCUUGUAUAAAAAAAAAUCUGUUCUCGUAAUAUAUAUAUGUGUAUAUAUAUAUAUAAUAUAGUC